UUUGAAGCAACAACAAAUACUUCGUUAAACAACAUCCUUUGCCAAGAAAGCUUGUUUUUAUAUUUUUAAUAGGAUGUCUAAUAGGAAAUACUUUUAUCUAAAUGAGCAUUGUUAUUAUUAUUUUUUAUAAUUAAAGCUUAAACGUCUUAAAUUUAUGUUAUCAACACCCCCGUCUUCAUUAUCAAUUAAAAUUGCGUAUUAAUUGCAAUUCUAUUCAUAUUUUGUUAACAAAGUGUUACAUCAAACUUUGAUAAGACGACAAACAGCAUGCUGUCUCAUCUGAUCGUGUUUUCAACUCUUGUUGUUGCGAAGGCUGUGUAUUGGAAAGAUGUAGUGAAAGGGAAAGACGAAUUAACAAUUUGCAAUAAAACAUUUUAUGAAGAGAAUUUUGUCAAGCGAGACAAAUCUAUACCCAUCACGUAUUUGAAUCGUACUUGCAACAAACUCUACAACAGAACUUGUUUCGGAAAACCUGGCGAAGUCAAAUGGACCGCUGCAGUGUCUUCGCAUAAAACUGGUUUACUUAUUUAUAUCCUCGUUUUAAAUCCAACUCGUUUUGCUGUUCAAAACAGAGGAUGUUGGGGUACUGUAUUAGAAGUCAAAAAAAAUGGAAAGCUGUUUUCGCGCUAUAAAAAUUAUAAACGGAAAGGAAGAAUCGGCUUUCAAGAAGAAUGUACCCCAAACACAACAUAUUUCUAUAAAGUGGUUCGCGUUCCUACUGGUCGGCCAAAAGAAAUAGGUUUAGUAUGUCCCGGAGAGUGUGAGAAAUCACUGCUGUUGGUUAUGCAUAAGCAACUUUACGAAGCAUCAAUGGCUUUCAAAUGUGAAGUAAAGUUAUCUAUCAUUGAAAGGCUGAAGUUUGUAAGACCACUUUGUUUAAAUUUGAAUCUAACUGCAAGCGAAAGAGAAAGAAUAACUAUUAACGGAAUAAAUGCUUCAUCAUGCGCGCUGUUAAAUCCAUCCCGCCUACUUAUUAAUCUUCAAUCAUCAUCAGAAUCAUCCACACCAACAUUGCAGUUUAGUGGCUCUGAAUUCAAACUUUUGCAUGGGGUAAUUGCUUCAGUUAUUUCAGUCUUAUGCCUAGCUGGUUGUGUGUUUCUUCUGCUUUUGUACAAAAGAAAGAAGAAGAACAAAAACCAUAUCAACCAUCGUAUUUAUCAAGAGGAAGACGCAAUUCAGAGUCAAGAGAAUUUGAAUGAAAAAGAAACACCAUCCGUGAUGAUUCUCAAUCGACCAGGGUGUGAAUUAUUAGAGAUAUUUCUCCGCGAUUUUGCUUUUAUUCUGCAAUCAUACGGCAUUGAGGUUAAACUUGCCCUGCUGGAACAAAAUCACUUAGACGCUGAAGGAGGUAUUGCUUCUUACAUGCAGAAGUAUGUGAAUGAAUGCGACUAUAUCUUAAUCAUGUUCUCAGAAAAGACAGAGGAACACAACAAAAUGCCAAAGCAUAAACCAUACGAGUUUACGUUAAAAAUGCUUAGCGGUUUGGCGUUUCAUCAGAAUGAUUGCUCACGCUACCUUCCUCUGUAUUUGACGUCGUACGAAAAAGUGGUGGAUCUUCUUCCGUCAUUUUUAAAUUCAUCAACUACAUUUGGAUAUCAGUUACCAAAAGAUGUGCAAAAACUAAUACGAAGAUUUACUGGGAAAAAAAAGCUGAAAGUUACACCAGAAAGAGCAGCAAAGGAUAAAUAUUUUUUGGAAAGAAUGGAAAGCAGGCUGAUAUCAAUAUGCGAAAAUCAACAUCCUCAUUGUACCAGAGAGAACUGCAGAAAGGGAAUGCUGAAUGCAAGUGUUGAGAAUUUGUCUUCAAUAUGGCCGUCUACAAUCAAUUCAAAAUGGCAGUCCUCGCAAUCAUUAAACUCAACAAGUACACGACCUGACUCAAUAAUAUUAGAUGACGGUUUCUAUUAUGAAAAGUUUAAAUUAGCAUGUUACGAAGACAAUAAUAAUUUUACAGAAAAUAAUCAACUAAUGGACCAAACAAAUCAGCUUUAUACCUAAGGAAUAAUGUGUUAAUUGUUGUUUAAAUAAAGUAAACAAUAGUUGUUUUGAUACACAUAUUGGAUGCAGCAAUUAAAGAUAAACCAAGCACAUUAAGUACUGAUAAUCAUUUUAGAAAAACAAGUCAAUAAC